AUGUCGGCCUGUAAGCACAUCUCCACCUCCCUGAUGCAGCUGCCGCUCGAGCCCGAGGUCCGGCAGAUCUCCAUCGGCGCUCUGCACCAGCUCCAAGUCGACAUCAAGGAGUGCGAGAGUUUUGCCAGAGCCGGCCCGGUCGCAGGCUUCCAGGGUGACACGUUGCUUCUGGCCUUCAGUGACUUGAGACAAUUACUGGACCUGUUCACUCAGUGGGACUGGUCCACUUACCUGGUGGACUACGGCAAGCCCAGCUGCAGGUACCUGCGGGUCAACCCUCACACGGCUCUGGCCCUCCUGGAGAA